AUGCUAUGUGCGUCCGUUCUGUUACUCGUGGCACCGGCCAUCGGACAACAAGAUCCCGUCAACAAUUUCUGUCGUCGAUUCGGGCACCAGACAGCUGUUGUAGACAGCAAACUGUACAUCGAUGGGGGGCUCAUUAACUGGAACAUAAACGAGAAUCCGAGUAACUACUCAAAUCCAUGGCUCCUCUAUCAAGACCUCUCCCAGUCAGCCCCCAAUGUGGGUAUGCCGCCAUUAUUUGCGAACCUCUCAAAGAACGGAACAAUCCCCAACACCAAUGGCGGUGGCCUAUGGGCCGAUGGUGUCAACAAGCGUCUCUAUCUGUUUGGCGGCGAGCACAAUGCCGAACCCCCAUCCCCAUUCAAUCUGUGGUCGUAUGAUAUCAUCAAUAACUAUUGGACAUCAUACGGCACACCACGGUCCGGCAUUCCCAUUUCAAAAGUCAGCUACGGAGCUGGUGUGUCUGUCGACACGAGGGGUGAAGCGUACUACUAUGGCGGCUGGCUUAGCAACGCCUCCGUCGCGGGAUGGGGAACAGGUCCACCAGUUGCUACUAACGGGCUCGUCAAGUACACCAUGGACACGAACAGCUGGUCGAACAAUACUGGCCCAGACAACGUCCGCCGCGCUGAAGGAAGUCUGCAUUACAUACCUGCUGGAGGCGGCGGGAUGCUGGUCUACUUUGGCGGCAUUCAGGAUUUCAAUACGAACGGAACAGGGGAGGGUCAGCCGAUGGACACAAUCUUCAUGUACGACAUCCUGAGCAGCAGAUGGUACACGCAAAAGGCGACAGGACAGAUCCCCGAGAUGAGACGGCGUUUCUGCGCAGGCGUCACAUGGUCGGCGGACCAAUCCUCCUACAACAUCUACAUGUACGGCGGAGCAACGGUCCCAGGAGUCCUUGGCGCAGGCUACGACGACGUCUACGUUCUCUCCCUCCCAACAUUCACAUGGGUCAAGAUGUUCCCUUCCACAAACGGCACAGGCUCGAACCCUCACCAUUCUCUGUCCUGCAACAUCGUUCCAGGCCGCGCGCAAAUGAUCAUCAUCGGCGGAACCUUCCCUUCAUCCAACGACUGUGACUACCCCGUGCAAUGGGGGACACACAACGUCGACCUUGGCAAACAGAACAAGAACAAGAGCAUCUGGGAGCUCUACUCCCCGAAUAAGACGACAUACUCGGUUCCAGAUGAAGUCAUUGCCGUGAUAGGCGGCAACGGCAAUGGCGGCGCAACAAAGACAUCUCCCGCAGCCGGCUGGAAUACCGCAGACCUGGGCCUCAUGUUGGCCGACCAAGCCGAAAUCACGCUCAGGACACCCACCCGCAUGGUCUCUGCUACAUCCGCUCCAUCCAGUGGCUCGUCCCUCUCUACCGGUGCGAUCGUCGGCAUCGCAGUCGGAGCUGCCGCCGUCAUCAUCCUGCUCGGCUUGGCCUGCUUCUGCCUCAUUCGUCGCCGCCGUAGCCAGCAAUAUCACAACCCUCCCAACUCGAGCUCAGGCCAACCAUUCCAUACGCAGACACAAAGCAUGUCUGAAGCUUGGUCCCCACCGGCAACGCACCUGAGCCCAGCGGCAUCGCCAUACUCACCUCCUUACCACCCCUCCCCUUUCACACCACCACCGCACUCCCCUCCGCCGCCGCAAUCCGCACAAACGGUCCCGCCUUACAUGGGACCGCCCGUCGAACUCCCGUCCGAGUCUCCAGCAGUCACAACAGCUCUUUCUCCCCCACCGCCGCCCUCAGGGGGGCACCAUUCCGGUGCGACGACAGCAGCAGGCUCCUCGAUGACGCGCUCGUCCUCGGUAACCUACCCCCCGCAACAAGCCUACUUUCCAGACCCGGUGACCUUGUCGAACCAAGUACAAAUCGACGCCAAUGGGAACAUGUGGGUGCCGCAGCCAGCACGGGACCCCUCCGGUGUAUACGCCGCCGAUGGGAGACCGAAAAUCACCGGCGGCGCAUCCCACGCCUCCGGUGGAGGUCCAACCGACGCCACCAGCGGAGUUGCCCGGGUCGCCGCAGGAGCUGAGCGCGGACCGGGAUGA